CCAAAAUUUCUGCCCACACAUACUACAAAACUUUUUAGAGGGAACAUUGUAUAUAGUUAUGACGAAUUUUCGUAGUGGGCGGUGUGAUACAUUAUCUUUGUAAUGAUUGGACAAUUGUUACAAUCAAUUCACAUAUUUUAUAAAUAGUAAAGAAUUCUGCUACGACGGUAAAUCACAGCAGCGCUAUGAUAUCAUGCUUGCGUAGGGGAAAUCCGUUUAUGCUUGUUUUAUGCGCCAGUAAUGAAAAGAAUAAGCAGAAUUAAUAAUAUCUAACUGUCGUUUAGUACUUCCACGUACGUUUUUUGCUUAGGACCUAUUUUUUUAGCGAGGCAUACGUACGGAUCAACAGUUCUUUGUGCUUUGCUUGCUGUUUAGGUUGUAUUGUCAGGAGUUCAGAACUAAUAGGAUCAUACUAUAAAUGAUGUGAUGGUAUAAUUACAAAAUCGCGACACGCCGAACAUGAUUUUUAUCAUUAUAUAUAUCGGGUUAUGUAUGUGGAACCAUAAUUAGUUCACUGUAAUACUUCUCAAUGCCAACAAUCGUAAUGCCUAGGUAAGUAAGACUGGAGCAGUUAGGUUUGAAUUUUUGCAGUUAAUGUCAAAGUUCUGUUUAUAGUGUAUUUUUGUUUAUAAUAUAGCAUAUGAUUCUAUUUUUUAAUAAAAUCUUAUCAAAGCCUGUAGUACUACGUGAAACGAGAACCGGUAUAAAACACUGUCAAAUGUUCAGAAAAAAUCCCUAAGUAAAGGAAACAAAGUUUGCUUCAUCUAUUGUGGGGUGAUCCAAGGCGUCAUGGCAGAUUAUACUGGCGGAUCUUAUGUCUGGGGUUUGGACGCCUCUUUUGGAACUCAUGUCACUAAUUACAUUAUUGUAAUUCCCUGCUUGAUUUAUGGUUAUCUUAUGUUGACAUUGUACAAUAGCCCAACACAGCCGAAUGAACUGGACAACAAGGAUCAGCACAAAUGCAACAAAACAGUACAGGGUUCUCUGAGAAAUGCAAUUCGUCUUGCAUCGUCCAUGGCUUUCAUUUCAUGCGCAGGAAUGAGUGCAAUAGGAGGAGUCAUUCACCAGGUCGUACCCUCUAUAGAUCCACUGACAAGUUCAUCAAUUUUUCUUAACGACUAUGCCAAAGAUUUACAUUUUUGGAAUGUUGUGCGUUUACACAUUUAUCAAUGGUACGCAAUAUGGCAAAUUGCCGAUAUUCUGGCUGUUGUAUUUGGAUGUACCAUGAUUUUAUUGGCAUAUUUAACGGUUAAGUUGGACCAAAAUAGUAACCUGAGAUUUUUAGCGAGCAACGGAAACAAGUUUUGCAAUUCUGAUUCGUACACUUUACAAAUGGUCGAUAGAAAGAUUGGACGUUCCGUGCAUUCAUUUCUGACGGCGAUAUUCUUAUAUACCAUCUGGCGUUUGUUGAAAAUAUACCAAUACAGACAAGAUAUAUAUUGUUCUCGGACGAACGAUGAGGUAGUAGAUAUCGAGGAAGCAAGGUAUGACAAGGAUAAAAUGGACAUUUGGUCAACUGUUGAGGCCGGUGCGGUAUUUGCUGGUUCUACGUUUCUGUAUGCAACUGUUAUGCUUUAUCUGUUACAUAAAUCUUACAAGUAUGACAAAGGUACUGGAGAAGCAAUUUACAGUCCAAAUCAGUAUUUGUUGAAGUUCUUUGGUUCGAUUUUAGUGCUUAUUGGGGGUUUGAUUCAGAUAAUAUUGAGUUUUUCGUGUGGCAAGAACAAUCCAAUUUACUGCCCAUUACCCAUUGAAUUUAAUCAUAACGCGGUAUAUCAUGUUUUCUUAGGUCUUGGUGUAAGUUUAUUGUUUUUGGCUGAUUACUCAUAUUUUAAACAGUUUAUACAUACGUCACCUUCGCGAACAUUAAAAAGUGAUUAAUUUAUAAUAUUCAUUCCAUUAUUUUAUACCACCGAUGAAUAAUAAAAUGCUUGCAUAUCAUACUACUUUUGCUUCCUUCAUACUUAUAUAUAUAUACAUUGUGUAUUUGUAUGAAUAUACUAUAAGAAUACGUCAGCAAAUAUAAAGACAAUUAAAAAAGUUGGUUCUGACUGCCAGAUUCAGACUUUUCGGGUAAUUAUUUUUACGGCCACUAUGGUGAAUUCAGCAAGCAAUUUUUUUUUAAUUUAUUCUCCCAUACUCUUCUAUAGUACAGUUGAGUAUGUAUAUUUAACGAUUGGGGUUGUUCAACUUUUCGGCCUGCUUCAAGAUAAAGCAUAAAGUAAAAGCAGUUCGGGUUGGGAUUUUGUUUUGAAAUGUAAUUUCAAUUUAACGCCAUUAACGUCAUCCCGAUUAUAUCCCAGAUAGGUACUAGGCGACGAUAGCAUGUCGGUCGCAAUAAAGUGCUUUAGCCUCUAACGUAUACAAACGGUUCACAGAUUGGUCGCUAUUCGAAUACACAAAUAUUUGUAGCACUAUAUAGGAAUAUCUUCUGUAUCAAUUUAACAUUUCUAUUUACACAAUAAAAUACAUUCGCGGGGAGUUAAUGGAAGUUUGUAUUUUACCUUUCUGAGAAUGAAAUUAUGCAGAAA